CGCAACCCCAUCCAUUGCCUGGCUCAUCAGGCAAGGGAUUUCAGCGAGCCAUUGUCUGCUCGCAUUAGUAUAUCGGGAUGCGGGAUGCAGCCCUCAGGACCCUUCUCGACAUGUACGCUACCAGUCCGUGCUGUCUGGCACGGAUUCAAGCUUGCCGCGGCCUCCAGCGCGGUUCCUCGCCUAGCUCACGCCGGCUCUUGAGCUCCUUCAGCAGCGUCUGCAAUACUAAACGGCGACGACGGCCAAGAAGUCUGCGAGAUGGCCGUGCUUCGACACCGAGUACUGCUACCCCGAACUUGGCUAUAGCAUCACAAUGCAGCGGUCGCGGGGCGAGACACUACGCGUCUAGCGUUUACACGCCCCCACGCUCCAUUGCUGUCUUGGGCGGUGGCCUGACAGGGCUCACCACGGCGUGGUACCUGACCCGCGUCUUACCCCAGGCAAAAAUCACGCUCUACGAGGCAAACGACCGUCUGGGCGGCUGGGUCGAUACUGAGAAGGUUGAGGUGCAGACGCCCGACGGCAACAAGGGCACCGUGCACUUCGAGCGGGCCGCCCGUAUGAUCAAGCCGCAGACGUCCGGCCGCAUCCCCCGCUAUGAUGACCUGGUCUUCUUCGACAUGGUGGCCCACCUCGGUCUCGCUGGAGAACUGGUGCACAAUGUCAGCACUUCCCCCCUCGCUGGCUACAUCUACUAUCCCGAUCACCUAGUUCAGGCUCCCAAUAGAUCCACGACCCUCCUCACUUGCCUGACGACGCUUAUGGAGCCCGCCUUCCGAGACUUCUUUCGCGCCAUACCUAGAAUUAUGUUCGUCCGGAGACCUACCGUAGAGGAAGACAUGUCUGUAGGAGAAUACGUCAGCCAGUGGCUUGGAGGCCCAGGGAUAGUAGACAAAAUCUUGUCAGGGGUGGUUCACGGCAUCACUGGUGGCGAUGUGUGGAACUUGAGUCUGAGGAAUGGCCCCUUUGCCGAUGCUUUGGCAGGCCCCAGCAAGAGUCGAGCCCCAACCGGCUGCGCCUGGAUACGGCAGUAUGACUUCGACCUGAUGGAAGUCUUGACAAGGGACAAGGCUACGUUUGAUUUGGCACGCCGUUAUAGAGACGCCGAUGCCAUAUGGUUCCGGAGUGGUUUCAGCACGCUAACCAAUGCGCUGGCCGCAGCACUACGAAAUAAUCCCAACGUCACCAUCAAAACGAACGAGCCUAUCGAGUCGAUCCGCUAUCUCAACGGCUCCGAUAGAGUUGCACUUACUUCCAAGAAGCAGCCACAGCCUGUCCUAUACGAGAAAGUAGUCUCGACCAUCUUCGCCAAGACGCUCGCAGGUCUGACAGACGGCCACCUGCCCUCCCUGGCAAAGUCCACAGCCGUCAACAUCCAGCUCGUCAACCUCUGGUAUCCCGUCCCCUUCGCCAACGCCCCGUACCACGGCUUUGGCUACCUGAUCCCCCAAGCCGUGGACUUCGAUCAGAACCCGGAAUGCGCCCUUGGCGUCAUCUUUGACUCGGACCGCGAGUUCCAGGUCCCGUCCCGUGCCUCGCCCGACGUCGCCAACCGCGGCGCCGACACCAUCCAUGGCACCAAGCUCACCGUCAUGCUCGGCGGCCACUACUGGGACGGCCUGCCCGAGAGCUUCCUCCCCUCCCCCGCCGACGCCGUCGAAAUGGCCAAGAGGGUCGUGGAGCGCCACCUGCGCCUGGACCCGUCCCUCACCCAGCAGGCCGUCGCCUCGACAAAGCUGUGCAGGAACUGCAUCCCGCAGCACGUCGUCGGCCACGGCAAGCGCAUGUGGGAUGCCCAUGGCGAGCUCGAGUGGGCCUUCAAGGGCCGCCUGGCCGUCGCGGGCCAGUCGUACACGCCGCCCGGCGUGCUGGGUUCCGUUCGCGCCGCGCGGGACGUGGCCAUGCAGAUUGGCGGCGCGUGGCGGGGGCCCAACAACGUUGAGGAGUCGGUGGAGGCGAUCAAUGACGAGGAGGAGAGGGCCCGAAUCAAGGGGAUCAUCAAGGCCCAUGGUGGUGUGGCCGAGUGGUUGGGCACCAGCGAGUUGAAGCCGUCCCUGUCGGUCGGCGACACGGGCUUGGCGCGCUUCGGCAAGACCAAGUUCGUCGCGGUGCCCAAGGUUUUGUUACCGCUGCGGUUCAACGCCCCGGACCACCAGGACGACGAGGACAUUGUAAAGAAAUAGACUAGAACGACCCGCUUACUAGACGCUGUGAAUACCCGGCUUUUACUCGCCAUCAGAUCCUGUACUUACACUUACUUCCCUUGGGAAAAGCACGGGGGUAUGUAAACCAUGUAUGUCAAACCUUGUGAGCAUCAUAUGCGUGCCGCUGAGCUAUUUCCCGGUGAGAUGCAAAAUUCACUUUGCCUACCAUUCAAUGAUGUCCGAGCCAGGAGUACGAGCACG